GCGGCGUGAGGGCGGCACGGGGCUGCGGCGGCGCCUCCCGCGGCGGGAGGGGACCGGGGGCGCGGCGCUGCUCCAUGUCGGCCCCGUCCUGCGGGAAAUAUGAUCAGCGCCCCUGACGUGGUGGCCUUCACCAGGGAGGAGGAGCUGGAGGAUGAUCUGUACCGCGAGCCGCCCCUGCCCGAGGAGUACUCGGUGCCGCUGUUCCCCUUCGCCGGCCACGGCGCCAACCCCUGGGCCAAGGUCGCCGGCUCCAAGUUCACCCGGGACUUCAUCCUCAUCUCCGAGUUCUCGGAGCAGGUGGGGCCCCAGCCCCUGCUGACCAUCCCCGAUGACGCCAAGGUGUCGGGCACCUUCGACCUCAACUAUUUCUCCCUGCGGAUCAUGUCUGUGGAUUACCAGGCGUCCUUCGUGGGGCACCCCCCCGGCUCUGCCUACCCGAAGCUGAACUUCGUGGAGGAUUCCAAGGUGGUGCUGGGGGACUCCAAGGAAGGGGCUUUCGCCUACGUGCACCACCUGACCCUGUACGACCUGGAAGCCCGUGGCUUCGUGAGGCCCUUCUGCAUGGCCUACAUCUCUGCUGACGAGCACAAAAUCAUGCAGCAGUUUCAGGAACUCUCCGCCGAGUUCUCCAAAGCCUCCGAAUGCCUCAAGACGGGGAACCGGAAAGCCUUUGCCAACGAGCUGGAAAAGAAACUGAGAGACCUCGACUACACCAGGACUGUCCUGCACAACGAGACCGAGGCGCAGAAGAAAGCCAACGACAAGGGGUAUUACACGACCCAGGCCAUCGAGAAGGCCAACGAGCUGGCCAGUGUGGAAAAGUCCAUCAUCGAGCACCAGGACCUGCUGAGACAGAUCCGGUCCUAUCCCUACAGGAAGCUGAAGGAGUCAGAGUUCCACCCCUACGAGCCGGAGUGUGCACUGGAUCGGGUUGGCACGGGCUGUGAUCAGGACUCGGCCCCCUCUGACCCUGCAGAGCCCGGUGAGACGCACCUUUACACCCACAUCCCGUCCUACACCCCCAAGCUCAUCAAAGCCAAGUCUGCCAAGUGCUUUGACAAGAAGCUGAAGACGCUGGAGGAGCUCUGUGAUGUUUAUUUUUUCACCCAAACCCUUGACCAGCUGCACCAUAUCGAGAGGACUUUCCGAGGUGACGUGUGUUACCUCCUGACGGAGCAGAUCAGCCGGGCGCUCCUGAAGCAGCAGAGCGUCACCAACUUCCUCUUUGAGGAUGUGUCUUUUCUGGAUGAAAAACCUCCUGAAAAACAGUACAGAGGCUGCCAGGGGCUCGGCCAAGAUGCCAUGGAUGGAAAGUGUUUGGAAGAGCCCCUCACCCCUAAAGUGGUCGUCAGCCUGGGCUCCUACAAGUCCAGCGUGGAGUGUGUGCCCAUCAAGAUGGAGCAGGAGAUGGAGGACUCCGAAGAACCCAAAAUGUCCGAGUCCGUGACGUCCGAGCCCCAGGAGAACCUGGACUACCUGGAUGCAGACAUCAAAGGCAGCAUCAGCAGCGGGGAGAGCAUCGAGGUGCUGGGGACGGAGAAGUCGGGCUCGGGGCUGACCAAGUCGGAGAGCCAAGCCAGCCUGCCCGUCAUGCCCAGCCCCCAGGCGGGCCGGAGCAAGGUGGGCAGCCGGCGCACGGUCAGCGAGGACAGCAUCGAGGUGCUCAGCACGUGUCCCUCCGAGUCCCUCAUCCCGGAGGACUUCAAGGCGAGCUACCCAAGUGCCAUUAACGAGGAGCCCUACGCGGACAACGACGACGAGCGCGGCCUUCGCUUCGCCCCCAGACUGAGCCCGGGCGUUGUCGAUGAGCGGGACGACGUCUCCAAGCAGGAGAGCUUGGUGCAGGUGGACGCUGCCUGCUGCAUCGGGAAGGAGAGCCCCAACUUCCUGGAGCCCCUGCCCGAGCUGGGGCAGAAGGCGUGCGAGGAGGACGGCGUGGUGCGGAUCCCGCCGCAGCCGUACCGGGCGGCCGAGCAGGGGCUGCGCGGGGGCUUCCCCGCCCACGACGGCGCCCCGGGGGGGCUCCUGCCCUACGAGCUCGACUCGCGCUACCUGUCGGGCAGCAGGGAGGUCAGCAAGAGCAGCCUGGACGAGUGCUCGGACUCCACGAGCUACAUCAGCAGCGCCGCCUCCACGUGCUCCGACAGGACCCCUUCUCCCGCCCGUGUCGCCUGCCCGGCCGGGGAGAGGCACAGGAAGAGGGCCGGGCAGAACGCGCUGCGGUUCAUCCGGCAAUACCCCUUUGCCCACCCCGCCAUCUACUCCCUGCUCAGCGGCAGGACCCUGGUGGUGCUGGGGGAGGACGAGGCCAUGGUCAAGAAGCUGGUGACGGCGCUGUCCAUCUUCGUGCCCAACUGCGGCGCGUACGCCAAGCCCGUCAAGCACUGGGUCACCUCCCCCCUGCACCUGGUGGAUUUCCAGAAGUGGAAGUUGAUCGGACUCCAGAGGACGGUGUCCCCCGCGGGGGUGAACGUGCUGCACGCCCUGAGCCGCUACAGCCGCUACCUGAGCAUCCUGGACGCCGACAGCAAGACUCUGCGCUGCCCCCUCUACAAGGGCACCGUGGUGGCCCGGCUGGCCGACCACCGCACCCAGAUCAAGCGGGGCAGCACCUACUACAUGCACGUCCAAAGCAUCCUCACCCAGCUGUGCUCUAAAGCCUUCCUCUUCACCUUCUGCCAUCAUUUGCACCUCCCCAUCAGCGAAAGGGAACCGGAGGAAUCCGUCGUGAACCGCAGGAUGAACUUCCUGAAGCUUCAGCUGGGCCUCGCCAACGAAGAUGUCAAAAUCGUGCAGUAUUUGGCCGAGCUGCUGAAGCUGCACUACAUUCAGGAACCGGGGCAGGGGGGGAGCCCCCUGCUCAGAUUUGACUACGUCCCCAGCUUUUUGUACAAAAUCUAGCCUUGCCCAGGCCGUGUGCCCGUGUGCUCGGAGUCUGACAGAGCUCAUCCGUGCUUGACAUCGCCGCUGUCUGCAGUAGCUCUCCCGCGCCGGGAAGGGGCCGAGGGGUUUGUGUCUCUGCUCCACAGGAAGCCGUGUCUGUGGGAGCAGAUUCCCGGGUGUUCCCUGUGGCCAAGAGCGUAUGUGUUCCAUCGCAUAAACCAUCAGGCACUCUGUAAAUGUUAGAAGGGGCACUGUUAACCUUUAAAGAGGGUCCUGGCAGCAUCCCGGGGGGAUUGUGGCAGGGAGAGAGGUGGGGCUGUCUGGGGGAUCAACACACACUAGUGUGCAGCCCCUGAAAGAACACAGUGCUCUGCACGCUUCUGCCAGAGCCCUGCCAGUCCCUUCCGUGGAGCCAGGGCAGAGACCAGAGGGGAGAUGUCAAGGCCACGUGAAGUUUUUAAUCCACUGGUGUGUCAUGUGAGUGCAGCUCAGAGCUCCCUGGCAGGGUGGCAGGUCUGUGCGCAGCCCUGCCGAUGGUGUCCCUUCCUGCAUUUGCUGAGUUUCCUGGCACUUCGCAGGACAGCUUGUCCCUGGGUGGGUGGGAGCACGGUGGAGGCACAUGUGCUUCUCUGCAGGAAGUGUUUGCCACUUCCCCCCAGCUCUGUUAAAAUCAGGAAGGUGGAAGCACUCCCUGACGCUGGGCCUCGAGGCGCCGGCUGCCGUGAAUGUAGAGCACUGUGCCUUGUUCAUUUGUCACGUCCUAUUUGCUGGGCGACCUCUGAGAAGGCUGGAGGGAGACUGGGAUUCCUCAAAGCGGGUGAUGUCAGGGGUGGCUUUCAAAGGAGAGAAGGGAACUGAAUGAGGGUGAGUGCCCUCAUUUUUAGGUGCUUUUUGUGAUGGGGAAACGAUGCGAUUCAGCUGGAGCUACGCUGAGACAGCAGGCUGUUAGCACAGGCUGCCUGGCUGGUGAGGUACUAGUGCUCAGGAGAGAUCAGGGAUGAAUGUACUGGAUUCCACGUUGUAUCUGUAAUAGUUUAUUUUAUUUUUUUUUCUU